AUGCACUCCAGGGCGCUACAAUGCCAACAUUCCGUUGUUGCAGCGGACUUCGCUGCUCCCCGGCACAGACGGCACGUUCUGCUCUCGAGCUUCUCCAAGGCGUCGGUGACGGAGUGGCAAUUGGAGCAUGUAGGACGCGUGAUGGCGACGCUGGCGAGGCAACCGGGUGUGUUCCAGAGCUUGUUGCAGAUCUGGGAUGCAGGCAACAAUUGGGUACUGGUGCAAAAUCUACAGCCGGACUGGGUGACCAUUAGAGAGCGCUUUACAGACCCAAUAUCAUUCACAGAGGAGAAAUUGAGGCACGUGGUGUUUCAAGUGGCUGCGAUCGUGGAUUUCCUGCACAGUCAUGGACUCAGCAUGGCAGGCGAGCUGCUGCACUACGACUUGGUGAUGGCGAAGGAGCAAGUGACGCUCUUGCUGCACGUGGAUUUGAUCCUGAGCGGCUGCACUCUUGUGCCGGCAACGAAAAGGAAUCGAGACGCUGAUAUUGCGGCCAUCGGCAUGCUGAUGUUUCAGAUCGCUAUGAUGCCGCGUUCACCGGUCGGAGAAGUCGACAUUAGCUACGUGGAAGGAGCAAUCGAAGACCAACUGGACCACUUGUCACCUGCGUGUCGUGAUAUAUUGCUUGACUGUCUGACUAUGAAACUUAGCGUCCGAGAUCUGUUGACGCGGAAAUGGUUGCGUCAAGUGGAUUUCCUUCACACGAAGAAGAAGAGGACGCUAGCUUCGACGACGUCAGAGACACGGCAUGCGCUGUACGAGUCACUGCUCUGGAAGCUGGCUGCACUCUGCAUGAUGGAUUGGCUCAGACAGAAUCAAAAAGCCCCCGAAGUGAAGAGUGCAGAGGAAGAAGAAGAGACGGAGAGCUCCCGUCAACGUAGCCGGAGACCUACGCGCCGCAUAUACACACGAUCAAGACUGUACGUUCCGAACGGCGUGCUCCGGAGAGGACCGAUCCCCGUCCCCGUACCGGCAGGACAUUCAGUUCGUCCUCAAGAUGACAGUGAGCAGCGACGACAUAUCUGGAGAACUUACGACGAGUUCGACUACGAGCUCCCGAGUUUUUAUGCCCCCAGAGCGGUGACGUAUGACAACUUUGAAGUGGAUGAUGACGCUGAGCGAAUAUUGGAAGAGGACAGCGACGGUGGAUUCAUCUCGCUCCCAACUGAGGAAAAGCGCUCGUCUCUGUCUAAAUUUCAUGACGGUGAUGAGGUUCGAAGUCUCCAAAGGGAAGUUGUUCGCUCACUACAACAAGAACCAACAGACGAACAGGACGAGGAUACAGGGCACAUGCACACAAGUUAUGAGGAUGUUUUUAAUCAACGGAGAAGUUCGGCUACACGUCAGCAGGAGACAUUGGGAGACGACCGAACCGCCUCGCACGAUGCAGUUCACUUCAGUGCGUUUGGCCCGCCACAAGUUGCAUUACGUGACUUCUUCCGAAUUGAUAUUUGGGCAUAUUUGAAGCAACAACGUGAGUCGAUGCUGGAGCUGGCUCUCGAGCACAAUGACGUUGAAACUGGACACCGCGCUCAGCCACUUCGUAUUCAACGAGGCACGUUAGUCACCGUGUCAAUUGAGCAUAGUACUCGCUUCGGAAUAAAGGGUGAGGACUGCAAAUCCUUCCGCUGGCAUGGAGAUAUUGUCGGUGUAUCUUUCGACCUCUACCGCCAUACGACGCGAUCAGAAGAUACCAAUGAUACCGACGAGCUUUGCAUUGCCAAGAUCGUAGCUGGAACCAAGGUAUCGCUGCUGUACAUCCGACUUCAUGCACUGUCAGCUCACUGCUAUAACGGCACUGCAGCGGGGGUGACAACGUCGUCCGAUCUUUCUCUCUUGGAUACUCGAAUGGAGCAUGUAGCACCGAACGUGUUGGACAUUCCAGCAGAAGAUCUGGAACUCAUUCGGCCAAUCGGUCACGGAUCAUUCGGUGACGCCGUGCUUGCACGCUGGAAAAGCACGUCACAAGAUGUGGUCGUUAAAAUGAUGAAUCAGGAUGUGUAUGGCCAUUCAGACGCUCUCGCUGAGUUCCAGCACGAAGCAGCUGUGAUGAAUCUACUUGGAAAACACCCACACGUGGUCGAGCUACUUGGUGUAAGCAACACCGGAGCAGAUAAAGGGUCUACACACUCUCAAAGUCUAUCUUUGGUGACUGAAUAUCUGCCGAAUGGAAGCUUGGAGGAUGUUUUGGGUAUCAACGCGCACUCUGGAAUUUUAUCAGAACAAGUGAGUUUAUUUUCGCGAACGAUAAUGGCGAGAGAUGCAGCACACGGCCUCGUCAACAUUCACCAGGGCAAUUUUCUGCAUCGAGAUAUCGCAGCACGGAACUGCUUGGUAGACGUCGAUUUCAGUGUCAAAGUGUGUGAUUUCGGCUUGUCUCGACGUCUGCGUGGGUUUAAUGGUACUGACGGAUCAUUCUACUUCGACGAUGAUCGACACGGCUUCGGUCCGCUCAAGUGGAUGGCUCCCGAGUCCAUAAUACCCCCACAUUUGUUCUCAACGUUCUCGGACUCGUACAUGUUUGGCGUACUGCUUUAUGAGAUUUUCAGCGGCCAACCUCCAUUCCCGAAUUUAACGUCGCGAGAUGCAGCGGCGUUGAUCUUAGAAGGUCACCACGUCCCCAUCCCGAAUUCAUUACCCUCCACACACCGCCAAUUGAUGCAGCAGUGCUUCGACGUGCAUCCAUUGCGUCGUCCAUCUAUGGAUCAGAUAUACAAUACGUUGGAUCGAUGGGUGCUGCAAGAUACAAAAACCCAAGUUGUAUAG